AUGUCGUCCUUCUCUCUACCGACGACGACGACGAGGACGAGGAUUACGAUUAAGAGCACGAGAAAAACGACGACGACGAGGCAAAACGCGGGAGGAAGAGGAGGAAAAGGAGGAUGGAAACGAGUGAUUUUGGUGAAAGCUUCCUCCUCGUUCGGGGAAGAAGAUGUCGAUGGAAUAAACAAAGACUCCUCCUCCUCCUCCUCCUCCUCCUCCUCCUAUCGCCAACCGUCGAACCAAUCGCUGGGCGCGUCCAGUCGACUCGAAUCCGUGCACAAGAAACCUCUAUUUACGCUCGGCGUAUUCGCGGACGCGCAAUACGCGGAUAAAGAGAACGGCACGUACGGCACACGGAAUAAAUAUUUCCGAGACGCGAAGGAGAGACUGAAAAACUGCUUGAACGAGUUUAGCGAAAACGCGCACGCGCUCGCGUGCGUGAUUAAUUUGGGAGAUUUGUACGACGGGUACAACGAGGAUAGCGCCGAGAACUUAUAUUUCCGAGAUGCGUCGAGUUGGUCCGAAGAGGUGAAAGCGAGGAACGUGAAAGAGUUUAACGAGAUGGUUGAGAUUACGGAGAAGAGUUUAACGAAAGAUUUGAAACUGGUGUCGGUGCUCGGGAAUCACGACAUGGCGGUCACCAGAGAGGUGUUUAAACAGAAAAUGAACUUCGGAGAGGAUGAUUAUUAUAAAGUAGAAUUACCCCGGAAUUGGGUUUUGCUUUGUUUAGAUACCACCGAUAUGAAUCCGAGGUAUGUGGACGAGAACAGCGAAGCGUGGAAAGAAGGACACGCGUGGCUCGCGUCCAAGACGGAGGAGUUUAAGAAAAGAAACGCAAAGCCGUGGUCGGGUGGUAUUGCGAGUGUACAAUUUAAUUGGUUGAAGGAGCAAGUCGACUUAGCCGAAAAGGAAGGGAAAAAAGUCAUCGUGUGUUCGCACAACGCAUUAGCGCCCGGUUCUGCGAGAGAAGGCAUGGUCGCUUGGAACGCGGACGUGAUUAGUAGUUAUUUUGAAUCCAAGUCGGAAACGGUGAAAGUCUGUGUAGCAGGUCACGACCACCCUGGGGGGUACAUACAAAGAGGUAACGUGCAUUAUGUAACAAUAGAGGCAAUGUUAGAAGCUGACUGCGGAACGUCGUAUGGGUACCUCGAAGUGUACGAGCACGAGUGCAUCUUACGAGGCGUCGGCGCUUGUAAAUCUCGAAGAAUGCGCACUUCCGAAUGGGGCAGGUUCACCGGCAUCGCCAAUUUCGGCAUGUUAACUGGAGAUAUCGAUGUUAUUGAUUCUAAUGACCCGGAAGAGGAGAAAUUAGCGGAUUGGAUAAACGACCAACUUCGGACGCCAUCCUCCGCGUCGUUCUCCUCGGACGACUCGGACGACUUGAUUAUUAGACGAUGA